AUGGAUGUGUCAACUGGGUCCAAAGUGGCAAUCUCGCUGAAUGACCUCAGAAAGCACAACACAUCGACAGAUUGUUGGAUUGCUAUCCACUCCAAGGUCUGGGAUAUUACCGACUUCAUCGAGGAGCACCCUGGUGGACCAGAAAUCCUCCUUGAACAUGCUGGGUCUGAUGCCACGGGACUCUAUGAUAGCGUGCAUGCCCCGGAUAUUAUUGAGGAGCUUUCGGAUGACAAGCUAAUUGGCUACCUUGAGACUCCAACAGCAGAUGCAGUUGUAACUGCAUCUCAAGUUACUCAACAGGAACCCACAUCUCCAGACACUAGCAGCAAGGCCUUAUCUGCACCCGAGACAGAGACUUCCUUUGACUCGCUUGACUCCAUCCUCAGUGCCCCCGACUUUGAACAGGCCGCUAAGAAAGGACUCACGGCCAAGACAUGGGCAUUUUACUCAUCGGCGGCAACAGAUCUGGUGACGCUCAAAAACAACAAGGAACUAGUCCGAAGAAUCAUGAUCAGGCCCAGGAUCUUAAGGAAUGUCACCAACAUCAACCUCGAGAGAAGCAUUCUGGGUUUCAAAUGUUCAGCUCCAUUCUUCAUUGCCCCCGCUGCUAUGGGCAGACUUGCUCACCCGGAUGGAGAACUUGCCCUUUCUCGGGCUGCAGCCAACGAAGGCAUCAUCCAAUGUAUUUCAAGUAACGCGUCUUACUCACUGCGUUCAAUCGUCAAAGCAGCUCCACCCUCACAGCCCUUCUUCUUCCAACUCUAUGUCAACUCAGAUCACCGAAAGACAGUGGAGCUUCUCAAAACUGUCCGCGAGCUCGGUGUCAAAGCCAUCUUCGUGACAGUCGACGCGCCUGUCCCCGGUAAGCGUGAAGCUGAUGAGCGCGCUGCCCAGGAGGGCACAGUCAAGUCAGCUAUCAGCGGGGGCGAAAGCAGCAAGGAUAAGAAGGGGAGCGGGUUCGGUCGUCUCAUGGCCCAAUACAUUGACAAGUCCCUUUCUUGGGAGGAUCUGGCUUGGAUCCGCGAGGCUAGUGGCGGCGUGCCUAUUAUUCUAAAGGGCGUUCAGACCGCAGAGGAUGUGAAGAAGGCUGUCGAGUAUGGCGUGGAGGGUGUAUUACUUAGCAACCAUGGUGGUCGGUCCCUUGAUGGGUCCCAGGCCAGCAUUUUAGUUCUCCUUGAGCUGCGGAAGAACUGCCCUGAGGUCUUUGACCAACUCGAGGUUUACAUCGACGGCGGCUUUGAACGGGGAUCUGAUAUUCUCAAAGCAAUUGCCCUUGGAGCAACGGCCGUCGGUAUCGGUCGGCCAUUCUUAUACUCGCUCCUCUUCGGCCAAGAUGGAGCCGAGCACUUGUCGCGCAUUUUGAAAGAUGAACUUGAAACGUCAAUGAGGUUGUGCGGUAUCACCAGUUUUGAGGAAGCAAGACCUCGUCUGGUCAACACGUUAGACGUGAAUCACCUAGUUGUUUCUGAUGAGGAGGAAAGCCCGAGAAGACGAGUAUCCAAGUUGUAG